AUGAUUGUUCAAAGGACUUUAAGGCCACCUUACGGAGGGAUUGGUAUGCACCCUAUGUUGGGACUUAAUGACGGUUUGUUUGUGGUGAUGACCAUGUCCACAAGGAUCAUUGGAAUGCGUUGGUGGUCUAUUGGGAUGGGACUCAAGGUCAAAAACGGUCAGCAACGAAUAGAGCUAGGAGGAAACUGA